UAUCGGUAUUGUCGAUCCCAUUUUGCUAAAAUGCAUUAUUUCGAUGCCUAAACUAUUCGUUCGUUUACUUCAAAGCGAUGAAGUUCUUCGCUCUAUCUUGUUUGGUAGCGUUCACUUUGCUGGGUUCGACAAGCGCAAAAAAUUCGGACAUAGACAACCUGAUAGUCAAAUACGGAUACGCAGUAGAAAUUCAUAAUGUAAUAACUAGAGAUGGGUUUACUUUGAUUCUGCAUCGAAUUCCUGGCGGAAGAAAAAAAAGCCCGACUAAAAAUAAAAAAAAUCCGGUAUUACUAAUGCACGGCUUUUACGGAUCGUCUAUGAACUGGGUGGUUAAAGGACCAGAAAAAGAUUACGCUUUUAUGUUGGCGGAUGCUGGAUACGAUGUCUGGUUGGGUAACUCGAGAGGCAAUCAGUAUUCCAAAAAGCCGACUAAAUCGUCUGCAAAUUCUCACGAGGACAUUGACAAGUUUAGUUACCACGAGAUCGGUAUAUAUGACGUUCCCGAUAGUGUAGACAAAAUUUUAAACGUAACCGGCCAUAACAAGUUAAUCUAUUUAUGUUGGGCUCAAGGAUUUACUUCAUUUUUGGCAAUGGGAUAUAAAAGGCCCACCCAUUACGACAAAAUUGCGGCGGCGUAUGUCCUUUCGCCAGUUACGAACAUGUACAAAAUAAAAUCCCCCUUCGUAGCGCUAGCGAAAAAAAUUCCAUGGAUUAUAUUUCCACCACUACGACUAAUAGAGGGAGCUGAUUUUUCUGGUGUAUGGAAAUUCUGCCGAUUGCCAAUAUUGAAGUACUUUUGCGCUGAAUUGGCCCAUCUAUUUGGAUAUUCCUAUGGCCAACUUGAUUAUGCUUUGGUUCCGCAUGCUUUUACGAAUUUUCCAGUAAGAAUAUCAAUUAGACAAUGGGAGCAUUACUUACAAGGAGCAUCUUCUGGAAAAUUUCGACCAUACGACUACGGGGAAAAGAAAAACUGGCAAGUCUACAAUCACUCUGAGCCUACCAGCUACGAUUUGAGUAUCGUCAAGACUCCGAUAUCGAUUUAUUAUGGAGAAGAUGAUUGGUGGGUCAACAACGAAAUUCUUUUCAGUUCCGUGGUUUCACAGCUUCCAAACGUUGUCAAAACAUACCUCAUCCCGUUACCGAAAUUUAACCACCUGGAUGGACUUUAUGGAAAAAAUAUUAGCAUACUCACGAAUGAGGUUGUAAAGGAUAUUUCUAAUUACAACAAUAAUUAAAUAAUACUUUGCACAAAAAGUUUUAAAAAUAAAUAAUAA